CACAAGGGAGCCGCGACCACGGAUAGCGACGUCGCAAGUGCAACGGCGAGUCUUGUCAUCGCCAUCACCCACCAUGACACUCAACACUCUCCACGCUGGCAUCGAGAGACUACGCUCUUUAACGAAGGUAUGGGGGUGGCUCGAAGGCCGCUUUGGCUCUUGAUCUUUGGAACGUUCACUGGCCUUGCAUUCCUCUUCCUCUCGGAUCGAAGCAAGUUUGAGCUUGACCUUUCGCGAUGGCAUCGACCGCUCGUUAGCUUACCCAAUCACGGCAAACCGUCACGUCCAAGGCCUCUAAAUGUGGGAAGUCUAGCUCAAGACGAGCAGAUUCUGCAGGAUCUACAGCUUGGUGCAGGUUACGAGUACCGACGCCUCUGCUUCGAUGUCCGGCCGGUCGAGGGUCUGUCGCGCACCUCACUGGAAGAGGUGUCAGCUUCGCUGCUGAAUGGAAAUACCAUUGAAGGACUGAAAGCCGACGGCGAUUUACUGCCUUGCUCGGCGAGUGUGCGCAUCGAUGUACCCUACUUUGACCCUCAUCCCGUGCAAGACACCAGCGAGCUAAUGCUGGGAGUUGCGACAACGCUCAAGCGGAUCGACGAAAGUCUGCCCGCUAUGUCGCGAUUCUUGGCAUAUUCCGGAACUCCUCUGCUUGUACUGCUACUCGACGUGCCCGAUCUUAAUACGAGCAAUGACCAGAUUACGACGUUACGAGCGAAAGCUCAAGCACUUGGCAUCGAAGCCAUCUACGUGUCUUUUCAGCCGACAGUGAGGGAAACUCAGGGCACCAUGAACUUCGCACUCGCCGAAGUCCUCCACCAAAACCGGCAGCCCAGCACUAAGUGGUUUGGCGUGAUGGACGACGACACCUUCUUCGUCUCAUUGCCGCCUGUACUGGACGCGCUCGCAUUGUACAACCCCGAAAGGGAAUGGUACGUUGGCGCACUCACCGAAGGUCUUUUCCGCAUCGCCCAAGAAGGCUUCAAGGCGUGGGGUGGCGCUGGCUUCUUCGUCUCUCCGCCUCUCAUGCAGAAGUUGGCGGAUAACUCAGAACGGUGCAGAGUGCUCGACAGAGGCUGGGGAGACCUGCUCUGGCGCGACUGCAUCCUCGAAAUAACGAGCCCACCUGUCAAGCUUACGCAAAUGUCCGGCCUGCAUCAGAUUGACCUCUGGGGUGACGUUUCCGGAUGGUACGAGUCAGGCUGGACUCAAGUACUCACAGUACAUCACUGGAAGAGCUGGCACUACCAUUCGGUACCUUUAGCUCACGAAGUCACUGAUAUCGCAGGACCUGACAGCUUUCUGCAGCGCUAUCUGUUCGACGACAACGUUGUCCUGACCAACGGUUACAGUAUCGUUCAUUACCCGAACGGACUGCCUGACUUGAACAAGACCGAGCUUACGUUUACGGAGGAGGUCAAUGUGGUUGUGAAACCGCCGGAGACGGAGCUGAUGCAUAGCUUUGGUGCGACUAGGCCAGCGCUGAAGGUUGGGAAGGAUAAGAUUAGCUGGAAGUUUGAAUAUAGUACACAGGGCAGUGGUGGAAGUGUGAGGACGUUCUAUGUCAAGAGGGGUGGCCCUGAUGGUGGUCAGGAUAGUCUGAUUGAGCUUGACUGGAAGCGAAUAUCGUAGCACGUAGUUAUCCAGUGCUCGAAUGGCGAAGCGUGUCACAUGUCGCCCAAUGCGCAUGCUCUUGACGCCUGCCACUAUGUGAUCGCCGCUUGUUGCACGAC